AUGGCUCUCACAACAGCUUACUCCGGUGCGCCGGCCGGGAGGAUGCCCUUUGACAACGCCUUCGGGUUUACCUUUAGCCAACCGUUCCAGCACGAAAGCGACUUCACUCCGGCAAACCACCGGGUGCCCAAGCUGAUGUUGGCUUAUAUGCGCAUAAAUCUGCUGUGCGACUCUCUCUCUCAGCCAGUUGCUAGACUAACAUGCUUCUCUUUGUGGUACCUAGGUCGCGCAUUAACCUACUCCCAAAUCCGCGCCGAUUCUCUUGCCUUGGCGUCCGGCCUGUUGAGCCUCCCGAAUCUCGACCCGACCGAAAUCAAGAAACUCCCUCCCACACCAUCAUGCCCCCAAGGCCCAGAGAUCGCGCCGGUGGUGUUGAUUCAACUACCGAAUUGCCUCCCCUUUGCGCCUAUUCUCCUGGGUACUUUUGCCUCGGGGUUCACGGCUACGCUUGUCUCGCCUGCCCUGACGGCGGAUGAGGUUGCCUGGAUUUUGCAAAAUGCCAAACCGAGGGUCAUCAUCACUGCGACGGCGUGCUUGGAGGCUAUGAAGGCCGCUAUUGGGAAGCAAGAAGGGGAUCAGAGUUUCUGGAAUGGGGUGCCAGUGUUUACCGUUGAUGCUGUCAACGAUACCUACCCUCUGGCGUUCUCGGGACAGUCAAAUCCCCAAGAUUGGAGACAACUCCUGCAAGCGAAAGGGAAGCCAUCCGUCCAGCCAAAUCAGCGGCUUAACGAGCAGCAAGCCAAAGCCCGGACGGCGGUUAUCCUCUGGUCAUCCGGCACAUCAGGCAGAUCAAAAGGUGUUCUCCUCUCCCACCACGCCCUCAACUUCGCCACCGCCUCCCUCUGGCACGACGCCGAUUAUUAUCCUCCUAGCGGCCCGCAGCGCUGGCUGGGGUUUGCCCCGUUUUACCACGUCUUUGGCCUCUGCAAUGUUUUCCUCUUGGGCAUCGCCGCCGGGGCGAGGGUGUUUAUCAUGCAGGGGUUCAAACUCCCGGAUAUGCUCGAGGGGAUAAAGAAGCGUCAGAUCACGUACGUGCACAUGUCGCCUCCUGUCGCGGUGAUGCUGGCCAAGGCGGAGGUGGUGGAGGAGUAUGCCAAGCGAGACCCAAAGACGGGGAAGAACGGGUUUAGCUCUGUUGUCGGGGCGGUGACGGGGGGUGCGCCGCUGGGGCAUGAGGUGGUUGUGCAGGUGUACAAGAGGUGCGGGUUUAGGAUUCGGUUGGGGUACGGGCUGAGCGAGACUUGCAGUACGGCGUUGCAGAGGGGGUUGGGGGAAAGGGAGAUGGGGGAGCAGGCGGGGGAUACGGGGUUGCCGCAUUGGGGGGUGGAGGUCAUGAUUGCUAACGGGGAGGGGUAUGCGACCAAGGAAGGGGAGAAGACGCCGGCGGCGGGGGUAGAUGUGGAGGGGGAGGUGUUGGUUAAGGCGCCCGGGUUGAUGUCGGCGUAUCUUCCGGUGGGGCUGUUUUCGGGGGCGAAGCCGGACAUGUCGGUUACGAAUGAGGCGCUCACGGCGGAUGGGUGGUUCAGGACGGGCGAUGUCGGUGCCUUGUGCAAGGCGGGGAGGUUGAGGAUCACGGAUCGGUUGAAGGAGUUGAUCAAGGUCAGGGCGUAUCAGGUUGCGCCGGCUGAGCUGGAGGCGGUGCUCUGCAGUAGCGAGUCGGUCGGCGACGCUGGUGUGGUUGGUGUCUAUGAUGACGACGAGGCUACCGAGUGGCCUAGGGCUUUUGUCGUCCCUGCCGGCGGGAAGGAGAAUAAGUCACGGGCUGAUCUGGAGAAGCUGGCUGUUGAGCUGAAAGAGCUUGUGGAGAAGCGCACGGCCAAGUACAAGUGGCUGGUGGGUGGGAUUGUGUUUAUUGACCAGGUGCCCAAGAGUCCAAGCGGCAAGAUUCUCAGAAGGCUGCUGAAGAGCGGUGCAGAAGGGACCAAGGGGGUCGAGAUCAAGCUCUACGAGAAGAAAAAGAGGAGCGCCAAGUUGUGA